AUGGAGGUGGAAUUGGAUAGAAUCAGCAACUUACCAGAUGAGUUAUUAGGCAAAAUACUGUCAAAUUUGCGAAUGAAGGAUGGAGCGAGGACAAGUGUUUUGUCAAGCAAGUGGAGGUAUAAAUGGGCUAUGAUUCCGCAACUGGUGUUUGAUGAUGGGUGCCCCGAUGAUAUUGUUGAUCGUGUGCUCUUAAGUCAUAUUGGCCCUAUAACCAAAUUUGUACUUGAGACCGUGAACAGGGACAGUGAAGUUCUGGAUCGGUGGAUUGUUCCGAUUUCAAGACACCCCAUCAGUGGGGUGAUGCUUGGAUGUCAUGGAAUGGGGCAGCGCUACAAAAUGCCUUUGUGUUUCUUUUCAUGUCAAGACCUGAUUCAUUUGCAUUUGAGUGCCUGUGUUGAAACCCCCUUCAACAUUUAA